AUGCCAUUCCAGAGGUUCCCGUGCAAAGUACGAAACGCUAUCAUGCCGCUAAGAAAUCGUACGAAACCCGGUCCCGACAGGAUAAGAUCUGAACUUCUGAAGAACCUUCCGCCAGUUCUUAUCAAAACUCUGGCGAGACUCGUUACCUCGGAAUUCAAGGCUCCUAACCAGUGGAAGACGAGCAAAACAGUGUUGGUGUACAAGAAGGGUGAUGACACGACAUUGGCAACUAUCUCCCAGUCUGCUUACUAUCGGUCAUUCAGAAGCUCUUUACAGAAGUGA